AUGUUUAUCGUAUGGUUUCUGAUCAUUCUAGCUGAAUGUGCAGCACUCUACGACAUACCGACGUCGGCUUAUCAUGCCGUAGACUUACAGACGAACCGAGUGGCCAAUACAUCCGCCAUAACAGCGGCAACAUGUCGCGACUCUGAUCUGGCAAGAUUCAUCAACAGUGCAAUGGCUUCAUAUAUUCACGAUAUGGGAGCGCUCAGCAAAAAUAUUCUUGACCAGAUCGUUUCCUACCGGAAGCCGGGUACAUGGCUUGUUCACGCGGAAAUCAUCAGCGGUCGUGCACAGGGACGAGAUUGGCAGACGACCACUAACGGGGACAUCUUCACUGGUCGGAGUUUGUACGGCUGCUUCUAUCACGACAUGCAAACUUAUGUUCUCGUGAUUAGAUUGUAUUGA